AUACUUCACGAAAACGAAAGUUGGAGUUUUGGGAAAGUUUGUAAUCCUGAAAUUUAGUGAUUGCCAAAAUGUGAUCAGAAACAAAAAAGAGAAAAUGGCAGAAAGUCAACCACAAGUAAGUCAGAAUACUGAAGGAGGAGAUGGGGAAGAAGAAGUAGGGAGUGACGAGCGGAAGGGAGCCAAUGUCGAGGCACGUGCAAGGCAGCGUCAGCAGGGCGGUGUCAGUAGAGACGACUCCAGUGUCGGUGAUGGGAAGGAAGGAGGGAGUUCCGACAAUUCACUGUCAAAGAACAAGGCGAAAUCUGUAUUAAGUCAUCACGCAUCAGAUGUUAAACCAGAGGUGCAUUUAGAAAACCCGGGGCAAAAACAUCCACAACGAAAGAAAGAAACACAUCAGAACAAGCUUGCAAAAACUCAUGACAAUUCAGAUAAGGAACGUAUUAAUGACCUACCAGCCCAACACAAUUUGAACAUCACUGAGAGAACUGCGGAAGCAGUGGAUGUUCCCUUUGUAGUUGCUAAAGACGAUGUCUUGGAUGACAAGAAAGGUGACAUAAAUCGAAGAAGGCCACAUAGUAAAUCGGCGCCGAAUAGCACAGCCACUGGAGAUGAACGCAGAUUUCAAGCAGAGUUAAAGACAUCUCUGAAAGAAGCAGAUUUGGAAGCUCAAUUGGGAUCGAAAGAAAAUAACAUACGUAUUGAGCAAGAUACUCAUCAUAAAUAUCAGACAAAUAAAGGACAGAUGGAUAUGGCUGUAAAAGGAAAAGACGAAGGAAUAAAAAAAAGAUAUUCACCAGAAAUGCCAGAGCUCCCCCAAAAUGACAGGAAUGAUAUUCGGGAUAAUUCAAACUCGCUUCUAUCGAAAACGCCAGAACACAUUAAUAAAGGUCUAAAACAUGUAUCUUUAUUGAGCGCUAGACCACAGGUUCACACUUCUGCUCGACAAAGAGAUAAAACGCAAAGUGGAUCAAAGGGCCAACACUUUUCGCAGUCCAUCAAUAUUCCAGCCAGAUCAGCAACCCAUGCGCAAGUUGAUGCACAUCCCAAAGCCUUAUCACGAUCUGUUUUUGCACGUCCUGAAAAAGCGGAGCAGCAACUAUUAGGCUUAUUUACUGGAAUGUUUGCUUACCAGGAAUAUUUGGACACUCCCGAGUAUGGAGAUAACACAGAUGGAGUUGAAGAAAGUUCCCGCGAUCACAUAAAUUUGCAGGUGAAAUAUAUUACCUUUGAAUAUGAUGAAACAGAAGAACCUAAACGACCGACAAAGAAACAUCGUUUCGUUCAGCAUUGUGGUUCUUGUGAAGAUAUAACGAAAUGGACGAGUGUUUUAGAGUCGGAUGACUGUUUGAAAGAAAUAAAUGCACACUUUCGUCAAUUUGGAAACGCUAUUCUGUCAUUGGAAGACGGAGGUACGCUGAAAGUUGGAUUGGUUUCUAGCGCAGAUCAUGCCCAACACAUUGGCCUAACAGCGAUUCGGUAUGUGUUAAAAGAUUACAGAACAAAAAUUGAAGCCGCAGACCAAGAAUUUGACAGUGAUUCGACAAAAAGUAAAUCGGAAUAUGCUGAGCAUGAUCGAUUGUUGAAUACAUUAGAUGAUGUUGAGCAAAUCGAACAAGAUAUCGGGGAAGAAAUCUUAGUGCUGCCACAUAUUGUAUUAAAGUUUCAAUCGUGUAUCGAGGUCGAAGUUAAAGAUUUGAAAGUUCACAUCACUAUGAAAGCAGCCGCUGAAAAAAAAUGCACAAUAUGUAUAAGAGGAUUCAGAGACAACACCGGCACAGCUUGGGUUCGAAUAUUAAGAAUAUCAGAUAACAUAAAAAGUCGACAAGUCAAUUUGUCAGAAGCAAAAAAGAAUAUUUUAUCGCAAGUACGUGUCGAGGAAGACGUAGAUAAUCUUCUCAAGCAUACAAAUUGUGUAUCAGAGCAACUUGAAAACACAUUAAUUGUACAUGGACUAAAUCUGAAUGAAAUUCAAACUUCAUGUAAGCUGGUGAAGGAGAAUUUCGUUUCUCGUAGUAGUCUUCUUACUGGGCAGUCUAAAUUGUAUAAAGAUGAUAUUCUUAAACAUGUCGAGAAGAAGGCACAUGGAAAGGCAUCGGUUUCUACUGAUGAGAGUUACAGAAUACAAAUCAUAGGACUGAAGUAUGUAGUUUCACUGUGCACUCAAGAGAUUGACAAUCUGAUUAAAACAUAUGAACAAGUUAAUGAUGGAACGGCACAACAAUUUAAAAAGUUGGGAAAUGACCUCCACGAAAGAGAAGUGUCGAUCUCGACAUUAGCCAGUCAAUGUCUUAUAAAGCUAAGAUUAGAACAUGAUCUUAAUGCCAUUUUAAAACAGAACACGCUUGAUUGUUUCGUACGUCAGCAGGAAAAGAAGGUAUUUGUGCUUGGAAUUGAUGAUAACUCCGUUCAACGUGCUUGUGCGGUCGUCAGUAGGAAUAUUGUCGAAUACAGUCAUGACUUGAUUGGAAAAUCUCGAGACCAUGCAGCACAUAUAAAGGCCAUAUUAGAGGAAAUAGGCAAGGGGAAGGUUGUUGUUGAAGUGGACACGUCGUUUAAAGUGCGCAUUAUAGGAUUAGCGAACUUUGCUGACAGUUGUUUAAAUGGACUGAAAGCAAGGCUAACUAAUUCAACUACUGAUUUUGUAAACAAAGAUAAUUUCAGUUCAUCAACGCAAAGCACCACGAUUAGUGAAAGAAAAACACAAAUUGAAAACCAAGCGAAGCAAAACUUGCUUACAUGUCAGCCUGGAAAGGAUUUUAUUAGUGGAAUUGAAAAACGAUUUGAUGUUAGAGUAUCUUUGGAUCUAAAGAAACCUAAAUCAAAAGGAGCUCCACGUAAACAAGGGAACAACGGAAAAUUCCAUUGGACGCUAGGUAACAAGAAAACACUUGUUCUUGAAUGCUGCAGACUUGAAAAGACGCGAGCGGAUUUGAAAAUUCUUACAAGGACACACGCCGAAGGCAGAAAACAAAUUGGAAAAGCGCGAGAGGAUGGAAGCAAUACAUAUGUUGAUGUUGGGAUUAAAGACUUUGACAAAAGAAAUGAGCAAAACUCGUUAUCAGAUCUCCGCUACAUCGUCUCGGAAGUGCUAACAAAAGUAAAGGAAAUUGAAAUGGACUUCAGAUCCGUAGCAGUGCCUCUGCAGUCAUUUAACCUUUGGGAAUAUACUUUGUUUAGCGGGGCUGUUAUCGAGUCAUGCAUACAUAGCUUGGAAGGAUUGCAGAAGGACGACGACCCGGAUGUCAUUGUGCUUUGUGCCGAAGAUAAAGCUCAUUUUCAACAAGCUGAACGUUUCAUUGAAGAAUACUUCGUUCAAAAAACUUCCGUGACAAAAGCUGUGGUCGUGGAAGGGGAACUUGAUAAAACAGAGGCUGACGUGAUCGUCAACACAACGUCUCACAAGCUUGAUCUUAACACUGGUCGAGUUUCCAAAGCGUUGUUAAGAGCCGCUGGAGCUGAUCUGCAAAAGGAAUGUCACACACAAUUUCCGAAUGGAAUUGGAAAUAGGGGUAUAGCUUUAACCCGGGGGCACGGACUUCCUUGUCAGUAUGUCAUACACGUAGCACUUUCGCCGUUCAAGCAAGUCGAUGAACAGGAACGUUUAGAGGAUGUGCGAAGCGUCAUGCAACAGUGUCUUGCACGAGCGUCAGAGCUGGAGUUAAAGACAAUAGCAAUUCCAGCGUUUGGUACAGGGAAUUUGAAGUAUCCACCAACCCUUGUCGCCGGAGAGAUGUUUUCAAGCGUUGAGAGAUUCGCUCAGGAUACAAAGAAAACUACGUUGAAGAAAGUAAUGUUUGUGGUGUUUCCUCGGGACACAGAUGUCGUCCAGAUAUAUAAAAGGAUCGAAAGGGAAUUCUAUGAUGCUUGUGAAAAAAGGAAAUCGAAUCCAGUACAUACGUUGACGGUGUGUGGUUCUAGUGAAACUGCCGUUGAUGAAGCCCACAGACGGUUAAAUGUGUAUUUAGAUAAUGGUAACAAUGGGCAAAAGGAGGAGCAAGUGGUUAUGAACGCUAAUGAGUAUGCAGCUAUCAAGAAAAUAUUUCAGGGAGAGUUUUUUGCAAUAGACAAAAUAUUUGUGAAAUGUAAUUAUGAAACUCCAAAUGGCAUUCUUUACAUAACGGGAAACCCUGGAGAUGUAAAUAAUGCUGUGCGAAUUGUUCAUCAGUGUCACGAAAAGCUAAACAAAAUGCAGAAGUUUUGCGUUCCCAACCAAAACCGAAACGAACAUUUAAAAGAUAGGGAACUUGAUGGCGUUUAUUGUGUUAAAGACCGUUUUCAAGAUAUCGUGCAUAUCUAUGCAGAAACAGAAGAGAUCAUGAGUAAGGUAAAAUCAUUUCUUGGCAAAAGCGAUAAGUCACCAAAAGCACAUAAAGACCAUCGAUCGGAGUUGCAAAAUCGACCCUUUUCCUGGACGACUGACGCAAAGAACGUGACGGGGUUUUCGAUGAACAAACUUACGGUCAAGUCAUACGAGGCCGACAUUUUGCUAGUUCCGGUGGACUGCAUUGUGAACGCAGCAAAUAAAGAUUUGCAACAUGGGGGAGGCAUUGCUCAGGUGAUUGCUUCAGCCGCUGGAAGUCAGCUGAUUGACGAGUGUAGGACAAUAAUACGAAAAGCUCGAAAAGCUUUAGUUGCUGGUGACGUUGUUGCAACCGAAGGCGGUAAUUUGCGUUACAGAACGGUAUUGCAUGCUGUUGGUCCAUGCUGGAAUGAAUACGAUACCACACAAGAGUCAGAAGUUCAGCGAUGUGUUUCGGACUUACGGAAGACUAUACUAAAUUGCCUGAUAAAGGCAGAAGAACAAUCUGUGAAAUCAAUUGCAUUUCCAUCAAUCAGUUCAGGUCUGUUUGGUGUUCCACAUGAAAUUUGUGCGAAAACGUACGCUAAUGCAGUUCAUCAGUUCAGCAAAAGCCCUCGUGCAUUAGAGGAGAUUCACUUUGUUGAUAUAAGCCAUGAUAUGACGAAAGCAAUACAGGAUGUGUUAAAAGAAGUGACAGUCAAGGGGCACGAGGUUGCAAUUAACACAAAAAACUACCAGAACACAAGUAACACAAACGAGGUUACCAAACUUACGGGCAGAGGAAAAACUCCACGUCCAAAGAAAUGUUGUUUGUCUGCGCUGGAAACGUUCUAUCUUGAUGAUAAUAUCAUCAUAAUUGUUCAAAUAGGAGACAUAACCAUGCUACAAGAAGUGAAUGCUAUUGUAUGUAGUGAUAGUGGGCAUGGAAAAAAUGUUGGAAUCAUAGCACAGAAGUUAUAUGAACGUGGAGGAACGGAUUAUCAAAAAGAAAAGAACGAGAAAUUCGAAACGUGGAAAAAAGUAUCAGAGGUUGUGGGAACUGCAGGUGGUGAUACUGACUUCAAACAUAUUUUGCAUGCAGUUGUUCCACAAAAAGACCUACCUUCAUUGAAGAAAACCUACCGAAACGUUUUCAAAAUGGCAAAAUCUUUGAAGGUGGAAUCGAUAGCCAUUCCUUUACUUGGGACAGGACAGGGCGGUAUCUUAGUCAGGGACAGUGUAACGUCUCUGUUAUCAGAGCUUCAGGUGUUUGUGAAGAAAAACAUAAACUAUGGCUUGACUGUUCAUAUAGUAAUAUAUGAGAACAAUACAUUGGCUGUCGAUGUCGUUGAACAUGUUCGGAUGUUUGUAAAUGAUUCGAGCAAUACAGACAAUCCAGGUGCUGAAGCAAUCGACCAAUAUUUUCAAUCAGACAAAGAGAAAACUCGGACUUCAAACGAAGGAAAAGAUACGGGCACUAGACCUAAGGUCAUGGUUACCACAAACGUCAUGGCCUGUGGAAGGACAAAAAGCAACGAUCCACACAAAAAGAUAUCCUAUCGGGAUGCAGUCGCAAAACCACCAAUACAUAGUGAAUCCAAGACAAACAAAAGCUCAAAUCCAACAUUUACUCCCAAGUUAUUUCAUUUCAAUGACGAAGUUAAAAUACACGUUCACGCAGAAGAUAUUACGGAUUUACAAGGAGUGACUGCAAUAGUUUGCAGUGAAAAUUCGAAAGGCGAAAACGCUAGUAUGAUCGCACGAAAGCUUCAUUCAAUUGGAGGAAAUUUAUAUCGAGAUGAUAAAAAUAGAAAAUUUAAGAACGAAAAAAAUGUAAACGAUGUUAUUGCCACGAUUGGUGGAGAUCUUGGGUACAAACAUGUGUUGCAUGCAGUUGUUCCACAUGAAGAUGAACAACACCUUGAUGAAACAUACAAAAACAUUUUUCUGAAGGCAAAAAAGUUGAAGGUGGUUUCCAUAGCAUUCCCGUUACUCGGAACAGGGAGAGGUGCUUAUACAGUCGACAUAAGCUUAACGGCGCUCCUUACUCAGUUGGAACAGUUUUGCAAACAGAAGAACAAGUACCUUAAAGAAAUACAUAUUGUUAUAAAAGAACAAACAUUGGCCACUCGUCUAGCAGAACAAGUUCAGACAUACAUCGAAAACAAGGCAGUUAAUGAACCGAGCAAAGAUGCUAAUUUAAAGACUAGUCGGGGGACACGAACAGAGCCGGAAAAGCUUGAAGAGAAACAACCACAGCCGAUAGGAGACAACAAUGUUAUAGAAGACUGUGUAAUCUGCAUGGAUAAAAUGACCAGCCCGAAAACGCUACGAUGUGGACACAGCUAUUGUAGAGAAUGCAUUGAAGGCUAUUUCAAGAUUAAGCUUGCGUGUCCCACAUGCGGGAUGGUCUGUGGAGUUAUAUCCGGAGAUCAGCCCAGUGGAACAAUGGACAUACAGAAACAGUUGACACAUAUCGCUGGAUACAACGACUGCGGAUCUAUCAGCGUUGGUUACAGGUUCCCAGACGGCCAUCAAGGGGCAAACCAUCCACGCCCGGGGUCGUUCUACGCCGGUAUUAACCGCGUCGCCUACCUUCCGGACAAUGAUGAGGGGAGACGGGUGUGCGGCAUGCUGGCUGUGGCUUUCCAACGGCGGCUGGUAUUCACCAUCGGUACGUCACGUACCACCGGACAGGAGGGGGUUAUCACAUGGAACGAUAUCCACCACAAAACGGAUCACCGGCCAAAUACGCAGUUCGGUUAUCCGGACCCAACCUACCUGCAGCGAGUCGCGGAGGAACUGGCUGUAAAAGGCGUCACGGUCAGCGACAUCACGCCUGAUAUGGCCAAGUUUUUGAAGGACAAAACGCCAGGAGCGAGGAAACAAAUUUCCACCAAAUAGACUAGUCUCAUUAGAAAUGCCCUAUGGAAAGAAGGGGACGUGUACAUAUGAAUGGUUGAAACAAGAUGAUGAGUUUACGAUAUUUAUGUUGAAAUGUUUUAGUAUUACAGUUCUUAUUUAUAUCAUUUAUUAUGUUGAAUAUUGAUAAUGUAGGUUUUGCAUUUUUGAGUGUUAAUAGCUUUAAUACAUAUUGACGCAUGUGUCGACGUAUAAGGUCGAUAAAGUUCAAUAUUUCAAAUAUUUUAUUCUUAUGCAUAUGAUAUGGAAUUCAUUAGAGUUUGAUUAUUUAUCAUAGUAAUUGUGUUUGCAAAUCAUACUUUAAAUAUUUGCUGUGUUUCUAAAUAAAAUACUACCGCAUGUUCUUGAUGAAUGAAUGGAAACAAAAAGUAAAUCAUACAGCACCCAUAACUAGAGUUAUUGUGAUUAUACACGACCGCUUUAGUGCUACCGGUUUUGAAAUAUUUUACCAAGAACAAUGUUCAAUAAAUAGAAGCCAGCUGUUAAAGUGAAAAGGGUUGCGGUUUAUCCGCAACGUAGUUAUUUAUCGGUUACUCCCAUUCUACUUGUUAUCGCUCCGAUAUAGGAGUUAAAAUGUAGACGAAAACAAAGAAAAUAAGAUGCAUCAUUACUCCUGAGCCUUUUCACACUUACAAACGCUUUUAAAAUUAUGCUUUGUUCGCGUUAGUCAAUAGAGCUCAGGUUAUUUUUUCUGUAAGUUAUGUUCGUUUAACCCAUUAAGAGUCUUGUAUCUAGUUUUUUUAUGCAGUAAUUCUAAUCAUUAUUUUUAUCAUGUUUAGUUAUAUGUUCAUGCUUUACACAUUAAACUAAACCAAUAAGGGGUUACAAAAUUAUGGAAUGUUUGUCAUACGAUGGAAUGAUUAAAAAAGUGGAAAGAGUGCUAUUAAACAGUUUAUGCAUGCCAAAUAUUGUUGUUGCUAUGGCAAGAGAACAUAGUGAAAAUACCACUUUAACUAGAUUCUGCAAUAACAAGAGAUGUCAAAUGUUUUAGAACUGCUGCUUAUGUUCACCGUUUAUCUUAUAAUGCGUCAAUUUUAUGUGUUUGUCCAUAACGAUAUUUUGACCCGUAUGCCUUUAUCAAACAAAGAAUGUGAAACCAUGAGGUUAAUGAAACUUUUUAUGUGAUUCAAUGCAUGUCAGUUUGUUUUAUCGGGCACAACAGGUGGUUACUGUGGCAAAAUGAAUAGUGUAAAUGACAUAAUUUCUGUUGUACCGCAUAAUGGGAAAAUUUAUAUGUACAAUAUGUAAACCCAAACAUUAAAUAAAAUACAGUUA